GUUGUCUGUCAGCUCAACAUGAAACUUCGACUGGCCAAAUGCUGUUACUUUGUGAACCUGCGCUCCGGAUGCUUUCUGGUUGCAUUCUUUGACAUGUGCAUGCAUAUGGUUCAUUUGUCCUAUGGCAAGAUUCCACAGAUCCAACGCUCGAAGCCGUGGCGACCAUCAUUUAUCUGGCCCACUUUCUGGGCGUUAUCAUGCUAUUCCUCAGCGCCGCAGUCGAAAUGUCGCCGCUGCUGUUGGUUUAUUUGGCAACGGACAUUGUGAAAUUUCUACUUCUCAUCAUUUCCGCCUAUGUCUGGGUUCCAUGUCGACGCAAUUCGAUGUUCACACUUACUGUUACAUGUAUAAACAUAUUGCUAAGCGUUUACUUCUGGCUAGUCACCUACUCCUACUACUGGCAGUGUAGAGAGACCGUAACUGACAUUUAAGUAGACGCUGCUAGUUCUAAACUUUUCUGCUGAAUCUUGAUCAAAAUGACUGAAAUUUACGUGCGAGUAUAUAGCUUUCAAAGCUAGUGCAAAAUUAAGAGCUCCUUUAAUACAUUACGGGGCUUUAACGCUCACUUAAUCAUGAAUUGAACUUUAAGGCCCACUUAAUUGAUUAAAGAGCUUUUAAAUUUCCCAAUCAAUAUUAAAGCUUACCCAGCCCUGUCAAGCUUUCACUUUCCUUUGUCACUAUUUAAAAAUUUGGCAGCCUUUUGAAGCACAUGAAAGCUUCAAGCCUUGUUCAAUAAAAAGCUAAAUAAAAAUGCAUUGGUUUUAAUUUGGUAAACAGUUUCGUAUUCAGUUGCCAUCAAAAUUAUCCAAAAUGUGAUCGAAUUGGAAACCUAAACUGACUUCAUUCUCUAAGGGCGGUUCACAUCUUGGCCGAAUUUUGUGGCAGCUCUUGAAACACGUUGCCUUCGACUUCCUGAGAUCCUUUGACACAACUCGACCAGGGCCAUUAGGGGAAAUAAGCUCGACCAAUUCCAUUCCGUAUGCGUAUUGUGGCUGCAACAGCAUCUCCUGAUACUCCCAUAGCGAAAGCUCAGCUGGUCGCCUUCAAUUGGAGCUUCCCUCCUGGCCCUGUAUCAGAUGCUCCAAAAGGUUGACACACACAAAGUAUAUGUAGAUAUAUUUGAAGCAAUGCAUGCUGAAUUUCAAGAAUGUCAGAAAGUCAUCAGACAUGCUAAACAGUUAAACGAACAAAUUUGGAAGAAGAAUUUACAAAUUUGAACAAAAACAAAAUCAGAUAGGAAGCAA